AGAGUUCUUUGGCCGGAGAACAACUUUCCCAUUUCCACAACUUCGAAAUCGAAAUCCAUCCAAACGUAAGAAUAAUGGCGGGAGCGAAUCAGGCGUGUAUCUUCUGUGAGAUCGUGCGAAAUCCAACCACCACUCGUCUCCUUCACACCGAUGAGAAAGUCAUCGCCUUUCAAGAUAUCAAACCUGCCGCCCAGAGGCACUAUUUGGUGAUUCCAAAAGAACACAUUCCUACUGUGAAUGACCUUCAGAGAAGAGAUGAAGACUAUUCACUAGUAAGACACAUGCUUAGUGUGGGACAAGAACUGUUGCGGAAAGAUGCUCCUCAAAACAUUCAUAGAUUUGGUUUUCACCAGCCACCAUUUAACAGUGUUGAUCAUCUCCAUCUCCACUGUUUUGCUUUGCCUUAUGUGCCCAGAUGGAAAGCCAUCAAGUACAAGUCUUUGGGACCUUUGGGUGGAUUUAUUGAAGCAGAGACACUGCUGGAGAAGAUAAGGCCUCUUCUUUCAAAGGAGAGGUACUGGUUACAGUGAAUGAGAUCAUCAUACUCCAGCUUAACUGGCGCAGAUGUGUUCUUGCGGCAUCGUAGUUAUCUACAUAACAGGUAACCACGUCUUGAAUGAACUUGUACGUUAGUAGUGACCUUUCUGUGUUGUGAUCUUGUGAGGUGGAAGUAGUAUAGGUCAUGCUAACAAAAUUUAGGAGGUAUUAAGCACUGUGAUAGGGGAACAAUAGAGAGCAAAAACCUCGCUUAAGUUUCAGACUAUCACCUAUACUCGGGCGGUUCAGUUUACUCGUUUUCCCUUGUAGGGGGAUCCUUAGGUAUCAAUAGCGUGGAUAAGAGUUUUGAUCAUUACUAAAAACCUGAGCUUAUCUAAGUACUAGAUGCCAGUGAGACCAAAUCUUCUCUGUUCACACUUCACAAGCAACUUGUGCAGUUAGAUAGAAGUACAGCUUGCAGUUGCACUGCCUUUAGCUUCUUUGAGUGAUAUUUUAGAUGCGGGACUACAGUUUCUAAGAUAGUUUUUUUCUGAGAUCAAGUAAAAUAAUAAAGAUUUGUUAUGGUAUAACAUUCUGGGGACGUUUGAUAGGAACCACUAAAGGAAGUCAAGAAUAUGUGCUAACAAAACAACAAAAGGUCUUAAUGGUGUUAUGUCCUAAAUGAGUAGGAAACUGCAAUAAUUGAAAUUCUUGAUUUGCCAUUGUCUUGAAGUAUUUAGGCCCACAAAUUUGUAUAAGUUUUUUUUGGAUGGAUUUACUUGUAAUCGUCAACCACCCCUGUCAAAUACCAACUCUUUGUUUGGUUCUUGCUCUGUUUUUUAGUUCACAAAUUAUGUAAACGACAUAUAUACUGAUAUACACAUCAACAAAGCUUAUUUUCCUGAUAUUAUAAUUGGGUUGGUCUUGUCCUUAUACUUUGUUGUCUUUGAAGAAAGUUGCAGAGUGAUCAUGCGCUUCAAAAGCAGAUAACUUUUUACAAAAGAAUAUGAAUAGGUUUUGUUGAUUGGCAAUGAUUAUAGAUGAAGAGGUUGGUAAGUUCGUCUUAUCUGUUUGGUUACAUACAACUCUAAGGUCUCUCAAUAAGUUAUUAUUCCUCCCAUGUCUCAUUGUUUUGUUACAGUUGUGUGACUUGUGUAAACAUUUGCUGAUUCCAGUACUUUAUAGGAUCAUAUUAGCAGAUUAACCACUUGAAGUGUAUGCAGUUUAUGGAAAUAAGUAGUGUAUGCAAUUAAUGGAAAUAAGUGGUAAUCUCAUGUAUCGACUAGCUUUUUGACUAAAUCAAAUCUCUAGUAACCUUUGUGUUUAUGGAGACACAAGAAAGCUUAUAUAAAGCUAAAGCUGGCCCCUGUGAGGACAACAGCUCUGGUGAAGAAGACAGGCUUGAGCCUUUUCUUCUUGGAGUGACGAACCAAAGUAUUGAUUUUUUUUCCAUAAAACUACAAAGCUGCAAUAAACGUCACUCUCAAGUCUCAAACCUUAGGUUUGCUUUUGCUUCAUUGGUUCCUUCUUCUCGUUUUUUGUUUUUUCGAGUACAGCUAAUUUAAUUUCCUACAUAAUUUUUCGAACUCGCCUCUCUGUUAACAGCUGUAUCCAAAAUUUAGAUUUAAAUAUUUUAGUUUUCUAAAGAAAA